AUGGAGAACCUGUCGGCGCCCCUCUUGGGGCUGAUUUGCGUGCUGUUCGUGCUGUGGGUGAUCUGGGGGCCACGCAAGUGGCUCUCCUGUUAUGGCGAUGUCCAUAAGGUGGUGGCCUCUGGUGGCUACGGUUUUGCAAUCUGGGGAAUCUGGUCUUUCGCCCGUGGGUUGUGGGCAAAGCCACCCACGCCCUUAGCAGUGCCUCCUCCCGCAGAAAGCGUUGAUUUUGUCCCAGCCAAGGAUUUCAGAGCUUUGGAGGUGCUGCUACGGGCGAGGGACCAAGAGAUUCUUCAAUUGCGUAAAAAACAGGAUGCCAAGGUUGGCCAAUUGAACGACACCAUACGCCUGUACCAGAGGGGAGUUGUGUCGGGGCCUGGCCCCAUACGCCAGCUCAUUGAUGAGCGGGCGGCGGCAGUCAACAGAGCCCAGGGCCUCCAGGUGCAGGUGAAGAUUCUGGAGGAAGAGGGCGAGGUUCUGAAGACCCGGUUCCCGCAUACGCAUGCUCGAUGGGAGCAUCCCGUCAAAUCAGGCGUCUCCAAACAGAGAGAUCGCCAGUCAACCAAGCGGGUCCUGUCCCCAAGCAACCAAGUCGCCGUGGUUGACAGCAUGUGGAGCGCUAGGUGUACCGCGAUCCAGGAGAAGGGCCUGAAGGACCUCAACCUCAUGAGCAAUCGUGUUCAGUGUUUGGAGACCGACAAGAAAGACCUCUGCAAGAGCAAUAGCGCUCUCAAGAACGAAGUCGAGGAGAACGUGUCUCUCCGAUGGUAUCAGGAAGGGGUACUUCAGAAAGCACACGCAGGAAACAAAGAGAAAGACCUUACAAUCCAGCAUCUUCUUACCACCGCGCGUCAACAAAAUAUGGUUUUGACCCACCAGAUUGAGGGGCUACAGGUUCAGCAUGAGAUGACCACCGUUCAAACUCUUAACAACGAGAUUGAAAACUCCCGCCUGUCGCUACUGAAGGCCCACGAAUCUGCUCUCGCAAGUCUGAAAUCUGAGCAUGAGCGGAAAGAGUCUCACACAAUUCGAGCUCACGAGGCGGAAAUUGCAGAUCUCAUUCGACACCACAAAGAGCAGACACUCUGUCUUGAGGAUAAGCUCAUCCAAAAGCAGGCCCAGGAGUCCAAUGCCCAGGUCCAGAUGGAUGUAAUGACCCAUCUGUUCAAUAACCAGACUCUGAAAUCCGAGAAGGAUACGCAGACCGAGACCCGCAAGCAUGAUAUGGAGAAAGUGGCUUUACGUGCUCAGGUAAAGGGUUUGGCAGCUGACGCGGCUUCCUACAAAUCUAAGUUCAGAGAUAGCCGCGAGGAGUAUGAUAAACUCAAAGCCGCAAAUGAAGAACUCUUGGACCGAAUUGCCCUGAACCUAAGUGCAGAUACGGAUGAUGAAGACAGUGUCAACAAGCUUGACAAAGUCAAGGACUUGGAAAAAUUGUUGGAACAAGCCGAAGACCGAAUUGUUGAAUCCCGUGUCCAAAACAUUGAACUCCGGGACCAACUCAGAGCUGCGGAGAAAGCCCAAGGCAUUACCAAAUCUGGAUCUGGUGGCAUUACAAGACCAACACUCGCGAUGGAGCAAAGCCCCGCGAUAGCCAGCAUGCCAAAGCGGUCGCCGCCCAAUUUCACUGUGGUUUGGAAGCAAUCGAACAAAAGCGAAAGUCCUCGGAGGAUGCAGAUAAAUUGA